AUGGCCCAAGACGCGGUCGCGCACGCCAAUUCCAGCGACUGGAAAGGCACGAUCCAUGUCAACGGGACGGCUACCAACCCCUACGAGACAAAUCCAGAUCUGAUACCCCCGGCGGAUCCUUUUAUCUCUCGGAGCCCGCACUAUGGCCGCUAUGCCCCGCGCCCUGAAGACUUCAAACCCCGCUACGAUGAUUGGCACCAAUCCGAACCAGAACGCAUGUCUUACUGGGAAGAGGUCGUACGGAAAUCGUGCAUUCCAGAAAAUUCCCUAAACGUGCCUGGAACAAGAGAAGUCUACGCUGCUGGCAGCAUACUUAUCAGAGUUGACCAGGAACCGGCAGUGGAUGCAGCAGCAGAGCGAUACUCUCAUGCCAACGAGAAUGAAUUGAGCGCGGAGAAGAAAGCAGAGGAUGCGCUUCGAGAGCUCGGUGUAGCUGUGCCGGUCAUAUACUUCUGUGGGAUAGUGGAUGGAAAGAAUGUCACCGCGGAGUCUAGAAUUCCUGGUGUUUCUUUAGAGGUCGCAUGGAAAUAUCUCACCAUCGAAAAAAUCGGUGCUUUCAAACAGCAAUGUCGCCGUAUCGUUCAGCGGUUAGCAAUCAUUGAACCUGCUCCACUGUCUGGAUCAUAUGUCUGCAGCGAACUCAACUCGCAAACACCCCCGGGCGUCCAGGAUUCCGAACGAGACAUCCUAUUUCCAGACAGCAAGGGAAAUGAGAAACUUUAUUUUGUUCACAACGACAUGAUCCGGUCCAAUAUAAUUGUCAAUGAUGGUCGGGUGGUUGGGCUUCUCGGCUGGCGACGCAGUGGAUUCUUCGGUUUUGAGAGAGCAAACGAUAUACAUCGUCAGUUUCGGAUUCCGGAGCCCUUCCUUGUCGAUACUUCUGGGGUCAAUGUGGCCCAGGUCUGGGCCGACCUCUAUGAUGAUAUACCGGAUGUCAAUGGGGUCACUGUGCCUGCAGAGGUCUUUGACCGACCUGGUUCUGAAGUCAAGGUUGAGUCCUCAAACAUAUCUUUGGACAAGUACUCUGGCGGCAACGAAGUCGAAAACAGGUUUGGUCUGGCACAAUUUGAUGGUACACAUUUGCCAGAAGAGCAUCCAACUCCAAGGAAAGUCGCAAACCUCAAGAAUGAAUGGGCGUCAAGAGCUUCAUCCACAGAUCGUUCAUCACCAUCCGGUUCCGUUAAAGGCGCACCAUCGCGAAGAAAAUCCGCCCCCGGCGCUUCGAAAAAGGGAACCGCCAAGAAACAAGCGACUAAGAAACGCAAACUCAACGAUCAAGACAGCGAGAGUGUGAAUGGUCGUCGCUCCAAUACCCCUGCUUCGGUGCGCGCCGGCAAACCGCCUGGACAGAAAAAGCAGGGUUCCGUAUCUAUUGCUGGUUCCCCGGCUCCCGAGGCUAAGAAAAGGAAGAAGAAUGCCAAGGAUGUUAUAGAAGAACGGGCCGGAGAGGAAGACGAUGACGAUUCAUCGGAUGGGGAUGAGGUCUUUUGCAUUUGCCGCAGAGGCGAUAAUCAUACCUGGAUGAUUGCUUGUGAUGGGGGAUGUGAUGAUUGGUUUCAUGGAAAGUGUAUCAACAUCGAUCCCAAGGAUGCAGAUUUGAUUGAUAAGUAUAUCUGCCCAAAUUGCAAAGCUAAUGGCAAGGGAUGGACAACAUGGAAGCCCAUGUGUCGCCUGAAAGAAUGCCGCAAACCUGCCCGCGUGACGAGAAAGAAUCCGAGCAAGUAUUGCUCCGAUGAGCAUGGUCGAGAAUUCAUGCGCCAACGGGUCCAGCUUCUUAACAAAAACACCGACGACCCUGCAAAGAGAGCAUGGGAGGAGCUUGGCAGCAGAGGCGGCGUCCUCACCGUUGGGGAUCUCAACGCAGUGGUGAUGGCCGUUCCCUCCGCCGCGGAAUUCCGCAAACUCGGCGAGCAUAUCAUAGCCCCGCCACCGGGCGAGGUUGAUCCUGAAACGGGAGCUAAAAUCUCAAGCACUAAGAAGCUUGGACUGGACGUGGACCCCGAGGGUCUGACUUAUUCUCAUGAUGAGACGUCGAAACUCGAACAAGUACGCAAACACCGCGACGAUCUUCUCCAUCGUCGCGAGAUGCUCAACGCUCGUACCACGUUCCUGGCCUUCGUGCGCCAGCGAUCCAAGGCCAUUUUGGAUAAGCUGAAACAGACAGACCCCAAGGGGGGAUGGAAGGAUAUCUGUGGGUUCGAUUCCCGUCUCGCGUGGUCAGACGAGGAAUUCGAUGAAUGGAGGCUGUCGGAUCUUGGGAAAAAAGCCCUCGAAGAAGGCACUCCAGAGGCGCUUGCAUCCAGCUACUCGGAUGCUUUGGACGGGGAUGGCGACACGGCCAUGGAUGAUGAUACCCAAGGGGAAGAAGAUGAGCUGGCGAAGCUGUCCCGGGGCGUCUGUACCAAGAAACGAUGCGAGCGACACAAGCAAUGGGUCAAGAUUCAGCAGUCCGAGCUCCUCUUCGAGGAGAACACGCUGAACCAUGACCUCGCCACAUGCGAGAAAGAAGCCCAGAAUGUGGUGGAAAGAGCUGUGCUGCGGAUGUGGGCUGAGAAGGACAAUGCGCAGAUUAGUAGCGAGGCUGCGUAA